CCUUGUGGGACUUGAAGUCCGGAGGGUGUAGGGAUCGCGACUGCUGAACCAUGGAAGCCCUCAGCCCCUUCAGGGCUGAGCACCUAGGACUACAAAUCCCAAUAUACAUCACGAGCUGCGCCAUCAUUUCGGAGAUCCAAUCAUAGCCCGGCAGGGUAAACCACGCCCCUAACCUUGACCAAUAGCAGAGCCCUCAGCGCAGAGCCUGCGGGUUAGGUUGUGAGGCCCUGGCCAGGGGCGGGGAGGUGCCAAGGGGGUCCGGGAGAGCUUGGCCACCGGGUGGGUCGGGGCGAUUGGCGCGCCCUUCACUGAGGCGGCGGUGGCCGAGCUGGGCGCCGGGAGUGGAAAGCGACGGCGCGGCUGGAAAAUGCCGGUCCAUUCCCGUGGGGACAAGAAGGAGACAAACCAUCACGAUGAGAUGGAGGUGGACUACGCCGAAAACGAAGGGAGCAGCUCCGAGGACGAGGACACGGAGAGCUCGUCGGUGUCGGAGGAUGGCGAUAGCUCAGAAAUGGAUGAUGAAGACUGUGAAAGAAGAAGGAUGGAGUGUUUAGAUGAAAUGUCCAAUCUUGAAAAACAGUUUACGGAUCUCAAAGAUCAACUUUAUAAAGAACGAUUAAGUCAGGUGGAUGCAAAACUACAAGAAGUCAUAGCUGGAAAAGCUCCAGAAUAUUUGGAACCACUGGCAACCUUACAAGAAAAUAUGCAAAUUCGUACCAAGGUAGCAGGAAUCUAUAGAGAGCUCUGCUUAGAAUCUGUAAAGAACAAAUAUGAAUGUGAAAUUCAAGCUUCUCGUCAGCAUUGUGAGAGUGAAAAACUUUUGUUAUAUGACACAGUUCAGAGUGAGCUAGAGGAGAAGAUUAGAAGGCUUGAGGAGGACAGGCACAGCAUUGACAUUAGCUCAGAGCUCUGGAAUGAUGAACUUCAGUCGAGAAAAAAGAGGAAGGAUCCUUUUAGUCCUGACAAAAAAAAGCCAGUUGUUGUUUCAGGUCCAUAUAUUGUUUAUAUGCUACAAGAUCUUGAUAUUCUUGAAGACUGGACAACAAUUAGGAAGGCAAUGGCCACGCUCGGUCCACACAGAGUGAAAACAGAACCGCCUGUGAAAUUAGAAAAGCAUCUGCAUAGUGCUAGAUCCGAAGAGGGAAGACUGUAUUAUGAUGGUGAAUGGUAUAUACGAGGACAGACGAUAUGUAUUGAUAAAAAAGAUGAAUGUCCUACAAGUGCUGUAAUUACAACAAUUAACCAUGAUGAAGUUUGGUUUAAGAGGCCUGAUGGAAGCAAAUCUAAGCUUUACAUUUCACAGCUACAGAAAGGAAAAUAUUCAAUUAAACAUUCGUAAUUAUGAUUUAAGUGUUGUUUAAAUCUACCUUGUUAGUGUUAUAAAUUUCAGUGUGCCAUGGGAGAGAAAAAAAUGUAUUCAGCAACUUACUAUUCUCAUUGAGUCAUGAGAGAAUGUGUAUUUGUAGGUAGUAGACCUCAUAUUAUGUGUUAUUAAAAGAAGCAGUAAUGAAAAAAGUUUAAUCAUCGUCAUUACAUUUAUUUGCCUCUUAGGUCCAAUUACCAAUGCUAUAUAUGGUAAGGAUUUCCUUUGAAGAGUUUUUCUUUGUUU